AUGUCAAGUCCUGGACCUUCUUGGAAAGAAAAGGAUGAGAAAGUCAUUUCAUGGAUUGAGAAGACUCCUUCACUUCAAACAAAAGAAUGGGCCAAAUCUCAAUACAAUGGCUUAGUUACGAUAAAUAAUCCAUAUUACGACGCCAUAAUAGAAAAUCACAACGAUCUUUCAGGAAAUCCAACAAUCACUCUUAUGACAAAAGAAGCCACCGAUUUUAAUUAUAAAAAAGUUACUUAUCAUGUAGAUGUCAACGAAAAUAAGCCAAAGCAAGUUUUCAGAAGUGAACUAGAUUCCUCCACUGUUGAGACACUUCCUAUCGAAAAUCUUCAAUCUGAUGCACCUACAGCCGUUGCACAGGCAAAACCAGAAAGUUAUGAUUUACUUGCACAUGACCUUCCUAAGAUCACUCCAGUUCCUAAGGAAGAAUAUCUUUCAGUUUCCUUCAGCUCAUGCAAGAUAGAUUUUGAUAUUUUCGAGCCAAUUACGUAUUCAAUUUUCAUUUUGGAAGACAACAACAUUGUCAGUGAAACGUGGAACACAUUCGAUCCUCUUUUCAAAAUGUAUUUAGGAAAUGAGUAUACAAAGAAUGCUCUUUUCAAUAUCCGUCAUGUUCAAAAUGCUUACCUCGUUGUCGUUUGCAACAGAUCAUAUCAAAUCGACAAUGGUGCAUAUAUCAAUAAAUACUAUCGUAAAAUCACUACGGCAAACCGUGAGAAGGCAUUUAGCUCAUUUGCCCCUGUUUACCAGAAACUCAAAGGUUACUGGCAGACAUUUGCCUUUACAUUCAUCCCUCUAUCCGAAAUCCACGGAGGUACCGUCACAAUGCCGAAACUUUACCUUGCAGAAUGCGAAUCUAAGGCAAUGACCGGAGAAUUCAUUGCCCAGCAGAUCGAACGUGCCAAGCUUCUCAAGCUCUACCAGAUCGCAUACGAAAUUCGCUUCGAUAUCCAAAGAUCUGAGUAUGCAAAUCCAAAUCAGAUCAAGAACGCCGUUGUAUGCUAUUCCAAGAAGCCAUACGACAUGUGGCCAAUCCUUAGCCAUACACACAAGCUCGUAAUCAACUUGAGAGCCGCCAAAUUCUCAUUCCCUCCGAAAGUAUCCGCCAGAAACAUUGUUGUUGAUGUUUCAUACCUCUACAAAGGCCAGUAUCUCAAGUGCAUCCGCAAUCGCUGGGAAAAUACCAAGAUUGUCGAUCAUGCCGUAUCAAGAGGAUUAUAUCACGUGACAAAUCCACAAUUUGAGGAUGAAUUCAUCAUCGAGCUUCCAUAUCCUGUUGAAGGCAUCGUUGUCUUCACCUUCCAGAGGCUCUCCACCAAACCAAAUGACGAAGCCUGUUUCACAUUUGGCAAUUCCUCGUUCGAAAUCUCUCCAAACCACGACAACUUCUUAAUACCAGAUGGAGAGAUGAACCUCGGCAUCUCGUACGGUUCGAAUAUCAAUCCUAAAGAGCAGCCAACGAAAGACAACUGUUUCACAAUUUCCACGAAAUUAGUUUCAUCAUUAGUCACCAACCAACCGACCCUUAAAUCGGUUUAUUCCGGUGCUUUGGCUGUUCCUAAGGUACAAGACAUUCCUGUCAAUGUUUUGGCCAAUAACAUGUAUUCUGUCAUGGAUUCUAUUUUGACUAAUAUCAAAUUAGAUCCGAAAUUGGCUUUGAAGUCAAUUUUUGAGUUCGACAAAUUGGUUGAUGUUCUUCCAAACAGGCAAAUACUCGUUGACUACUUGAAUACUUAUAACAGAGUAUUUGCUUUCAGACAGAACUCCCACCAUGACCCACAAACACAUAAGUAUUUGUUGAAAGAAUGGGCAACAUACAUUUUUGAAACAGCAAAUUCUUAUGGAACAAACAGAAAAGAACUAGUUUUAGUUGAAUUUCUUUUCGAAGUCAUCUUGAAAUCCAUCAUUUUCUCAAAUGACAGGGAUUUCCACGAGGACAUCGAGAAAUUCGCUCAAACAUGGGCUGUAGCUGUUGGAAUAUUGACCUUCAAAGUUGUUGCUGAAGCACAAGCGAUGAAUAGAUGUUUCUCAACAUUCGUUCUCAAUUUAAUCGACUUGAAAUUGUAUUCAGCAGCUACUUCCUGCAUCACUAUCUUCGCAAACCAUAUAGGAAAUGAUCCGCCACAGCACAGAAUGCUUGCAAACUUCCUGGAAAUGACUUUGCAUCCUUUGUUGUUCUUGGGUGAAACAGUCGCAAAUAAUGAUUUGGUUAUCGUUUUCACUUCACUUUUGCAAACUGCUAUUACCAAAUUACCUGAUGGUCCUAUAUGCCAGAUCUUCAAUAUUCUCUGCAGAACAUUAUCAUUUGUUCCUGAAGACAUGAAAUCCGAUGUUUCCGCUUCAUUUAUUCCAUUGAUGAAACUGUUUACAAACAAAAUGCAAGGAUCCAAUGAAUCUUUGAUUGCUCCUUUGUCUUUUGCCAUUUUCGUGUUGAAGAACUCAAGAGUCAACACUUUGGAAACACGGUACAACAGUCUUGACGAAAAAGAAAAGAAAUCAUUCAUUGAUUUCGUUCAUUUCUUAUUAGUCAAGACGAAAUAUAUCAAAGAUGUUUUGAUAAACGAUUCAACUGCUCGCAAUAAAGCAUUUAGUUCAAUCGAACGCCAGAUCGAACAAAGAAUGCAAGCAGCAUACAACACGGGAAGUGGUGAUAGAUACGGAUCAGUUUCUGAGUCAUCAACACAUUCAGUACAAACACAACCUCCUGUUGCUAAAAAGAGGUCAUUUGCUGUUGCAAGAAAAGCAAAUAACAUUCCAAGUGUUGGAUCAAGUAGCCUCCAAAUGCCUAUCAAAUACAAUUAUCCACAAAGGGAUGUUGCUUUGGAAGCACAGUUUGCAGCAAUAAGAGUUGUUGAUGACCUUCUUUCAAUCGAUUUAAUUGAUAUCGCAAUUGAUAUUUUGUAUCAUUUGUUAUCAAUGAAUCUUUGUUUGAAUGCUAUUGAUUGUUUGACUGAAUCAUUGAAGUUGUUACUUACUAAAGAUGUCAAGAAGAUUAUCGAAUGUAAGACACUUCCUUUCGCUUUGUUCAUCAAGAAACUGUUGCAAUUGGCCGCUUGUAACAAUGUUUUCAUUGCGAAAUCAAUCAUUUCUACAUUCGAUGGUCUCUUCAAAUCAGAAGAGAAAUCAUACGGAAACAACAAUAGAACACAUGCUUUGUUCAUGAGAGCUGUUUCUUUGUUGCCAGUUAAUUUGAUCUCUCCUGAUUUCGCUAAUUUAUUAAGCGAAAAUGUCAAACAUCAACAGCUAAAAGAGAUCGCGGAAACAAUCAAACGAAUUGCCGAAAUCGAUGACAAACUACACAAGAUCGACAACAAUUGUUUCGCAUCAACAUUCGAGACACAAACACAUGUCGGUCAGAAGAUUGCAACAAACGCUUUAGUUGAAGAUUUCGGAGAUUUGUUAUGGGAAAGAUGUCUUCUUUUCAAGUAUUCCCCUGAUGCUUGUUUAGAAGCAUUGCGUACAUUGGAUCAGUUCCAUUACGCAAAUGGAUACGAGCUUGAAAGUAUCACAUGCAAGAUUUCGGAGUUGGCAUUGUUAAGUGAGUAUUUGACCGCUUUCAACUUGAUGCCACAAAAACUCGGUUUCGAACAUGCUGCAAAAGCAUUUGUUCCAAUGACUCCAACAGCAGAAGUCUUUGUGAUGCCACAAGAGUAUUCACAUGAUCUUCCAAAGAACUUGCCAACAUUCUGUGACUCUUCUUUCUUCAAUGAAAGUGGAGUGAUGUUGGUUCUCACUGAAAUUUGCGAUUACUGCAGAAACCACCAAGUUUUCGAAAUCGCAAAUGAAGUCAUUCGUUUGUUCGUUCCUCUUCUCGAAUCACAUCAAAUGUACACAGAACUUGACGCGAUAUUCUCAAGGUCCCAGAAGUUCUACGAACAGCUAGACACAAUGCCAACACAAGGAGAAAGACUCAUGGGAAGAUACUACAGAGUUAUCUUCUACGGAAACCAGUUCGGUGAAGAUAACGGAAAAAUUUACAUUUAUCGUGAACAAAAACUGACAAACUUAUUCAAUUUGACUAAGAGAAUGGAAGACACUUACACACCAAUCAUUGGCCGUGGCAAGCUCGAGAUUAUCAAGGAGUCAAAGCCAGUUGAUCCACGUUUGUUGGAUCCUGAGAAAGGAUACAUCCAAAUCACUUUUGUUACUCCAACAUAUUUCGAAGGAGAAGAAGUCUACAAACAAACGACUUUUGAACAGAAUUCCCACAUCAAAGUCUUCUGUUUCGCGACUCCUUUCAUGAAAGGAAGUAACAAACUCCAGGGAUCUGUCUCCAGCCAGUGGUUGAGAAAGACAGUCUUGAAGAUCAACACGGAAAUGCCUUCAACGAAGAAGAGAAUCGUUGUUAAUCCAGAAGAUGUCGAAAACAUCGAAAUCGAACCAAUCAAAGUUUCCAUCCACCAUCUCGAGGACAGAUUGAAGCAGUACGAUGCAGCAAUCGAGGCAAACAACAUCUCACAGAUCCAGCCACUUCUUAAUGGUUCUCUUUGCGUACAAGUCAAUGACGGACCAAUUAAGAUGGCUGAAGUAUUCCUUACUGAGAAGAAGAGGACACUUUUGACUGAACACAUGAGAAAACUCUUCAGACAGUUCAUCGACGUCAAUAAGAAGGCUCUCGAGAUUCACAGGAAAUUCUCACAAGGAAACAAAGAUAACUUAGCUCUCCAGGAUGAGAUGGAUAAGGGCUUUGAUAAUCUCAAAUCAAAGCUUGCUCAAUACCUAUGA